CGGACAGUAACGCUGUCGAUGUUCCAAGGUUGCCUUUGCAUGCUUUCCGGCCAUUUUGGCUCAAGCUCGGCUCGGGUAAUCUCACCUCCAUCGCCCCACGCGGGCCUGCCGGACCAGGGCAUGCCCCACUUCUCGCCGGGCAACUUCGUGGCCUCAAGGCAGCGCGACUUUGUGGUGUUCAUGGUCGGCGCCUGCGGCCUCCUCGCCUGUUGCCUCGUGGUGCUCGUCGGCCUGCUGCGGGGACGCCGCCUCUGCGAGGGCUCCUCGCUGGCGUCGGGCGCCCCCUGCGGCCGGCGGGCGCGCCAGGACGGCGCCUUCGAGGCCUCGCUGUGCGAGGAGCUGGAGCGCCGGCGGCUGACGCGCGCCCUGCGGAUCCUCCCCUGGGCGCAGGCACUGGUCUUCACGAACUUCUUCGUCUUCACCGUGCGCAGCGGGCUGGACGGGGGCUCCGCGAAGAGGUUCGGGUCGAUCGUUCAGGACAUCGCUCUCUCCGCCUUCAGCGGCAUGAUAUCCAUCAUGUGGGCAUCGCAGUGGGCGCAAGUCUGCGUCGUGACGGCCAGGUCUUUGGACUACUGGUUCUCUGCGCUGAUGGCCUGCUUGGUAGUGUACCUGUCACCGUAUGCGAUCCGUGCAGACCUGGUCGCCUAUCGCAUGAGCAUGAUCUACAUUCUCAGCCUUUUCUUGUGUCUGUGGAAUCUGAAGCCGAUGGUGAACAUCCCAUGGUUGCUUGUGCUAUGCUUCUCGUCCACCUACACGCUGAUGUCCGGGGAGAACGCAGAGGAAAUCCAGAGUUAUUACAACUCCAAGCAGAUAUUGAGCGACGGGUUUCUGAACAUGAUUCUCUUGGUGGGCAUGAUCAUCGUGUUUAAACGCCUCCUGACUUACAUCGUUCGCCUGGAGCUCCAGUCCAAGUUAUCCAGGCAGGAACUCCGGGCGGCCACCUCGGUGCUCGGCUGCGUGUGCGAGGUGGUGGUCGAUCUCGACGCGGAGUUCAGGCUGCAGAGGCACUCGCGGGAGCUAGCUGACAUGCUGUUCCUGAAUCCCCAGCGCAGCCUCAAGCAGGAGGACAUCCGCUCGUUUUUGGCGUCCGAAUCCGACAACAGAAAGUUCACAGAACAGAUGGGGCAGCUGUUGCAGCAGGACUGCGGGAGAGAGCACUCAGACCUGAGCAAGACCUUCCAGGUGCUGAUGAAGGACAGCACGGGCCUCCCCGUGAACGUGCACGUGUUCGCCGUGUCCUAUUUUAGCCAGGGCGGGCUCCCGGCCUUUAAGGUGGGCGUCCUGGAGGUGAGCGACUCCGACUCCAUGCUUCUGCCAAACCUAGGGCAUCUGGCGGAGAUCAGGCAGCUGCGCCGGCGGCGUCGCCGGCCAAAGCAGGACCUGCAGGGAACGCCGCCGGGGCCGCCCCCCGGUCCGCCAGAGGACGCUGAAGACAGCAGCGGCAGCAGCAACGGCACUCUGGACCUGGAGCAGUCCCUGGGCUCGGAUGCUUCAGGCUCGACGUUUUUCAAUGAUUUCGAGGGGGACGCCCCCGCCUUCUGGUUCGACGUGCUCUCGGCUGACUACGACAUUCUGUGCUUCUCCGACAGCUUCCAGCACUGCUUCGGCACCUGCGAGGACGCGAAGUUUCUGAGCUGGGUCAAGAUGAACCAACACGACCAGUUUGUGGAGUGGGUCCAGGAGUCGUAUUUCGCGCUCCUGGGCCAGAAGACCGAGGGUGACACCUCAACCUCCACGGAAAUUCUUUCGUGCCCCCUCCACUUCAUGCCGACCCACCUGCGCCAGCACCGGCUCGCCUUCUCGGCCACGGUGUUCCUGGACCUGGGCGACAUCCCGGACAUGUCCAAGCGGGGCCUAGGCACCGCGCGCCUGACCUUCAGCAGCGUCCGGCGCUGGACGACCAGCGGCGCUCGACGAAGGCACGGCCGAGGGCCCAGGCGGCCGCCGCAGCGCGAUGGGGGGUCGCACCGCAGCGGUGGGACCCCGGGCGCCCUCGAGGCCGCGGGGCUGCGCAUGUCCUACAGCCUGUGAGCCGCGCCGGCAGGCCGGGGCUCGCCGGUCCCGGCCUCUGCCCGUCGGGCCGCGCCCCCUCGAGCCCCGUUGGAACUAUUUCAAUAUGCUCUGAAGGAGAAUUGGCAGAGCUUCUAACCAAGAUUUUCUGAGACAGCUUACUUGUCAAGGUGGUUCGAUCCGCUCGGCCACAGCGUCGCUCAAGCGGAGGCGGGGUAGACCGAUGAAUGCAUGGGCAUCGUGCCUGCGCAACUGCAUUUCGGGUGCGUUCGCAUCAGACGAGCACGUCAAAGAGUACGUGCGGGACCCCCCCCAAAUGGGAAGUCUUUGUAUGACGUUUCCCUGAGAGUUUUGGGCCGGACCCAGAACAGGCUUUCUAGUCCGUGCGCUCUGGCACCGUCGAGCCAGGAGCUUAUGUAUACUAUGCCGUCCCUCCUUUCUCGCUCCUCCUCCCUUCCCUCCUGCUGCUGCUGCUGCUGCUGCUGCUGCUCCUCCUCCUCCUCCUCCUCCUCCAAUCGCGCACGCUGUACAUUAUGAGACAGCCGACGUGCUGUCGCUCCCGCAAAGCGGCGAAUUCAGGCUGGCAUUGUUUUUUGCCCACGCGCUCCGGCGUAUGGCAGCUCGUUCGUUCGUUCGUCACCCUUGCGCGUAGCCGAAGGCUGUCCAGGCCCCGCCUCCCUCCCCAGACCAUUUCGCGUCGCGACAAAGGUACGGCGGCUUACUCCUGCUGCUUUCCAUGCCCCUCUCGCUUGAUUUCGCUUCGUCUCUCCCUGCGGUCCCCUGUCACCGCAUUCGUUGGUGUACGCUGUUUUUUGCUUGGGCCUUCGAGCCUUCCACGCUUUAGGUCGAUGGCGGCACUCCUCAGGACAUCGGUACGUUCACCUCGAUCGCUUCGCAGGGCAUUCUUCGAGCUCCGGCGCUUUGACCAGUCUCGGCGACUGGCGUAGUACUGCUCUCGCAGAUACGCCACCCCGUUGAGCUGCACCGAAAAAGCUCUGGAGAGGAAAAAGAGUCGGUGGACUAACGUGUGCGCGCUGUGUUGACAGCGUGUCUGGGGUCUUGUGGGUUUUGUUGUUGCGAGGCCCGCGGCACACUGGCCGAUGGCUUUUCGCUCGUGAUUUCAGUCCCUGACGGUUUUCCUCGGGGAAUUCGGGAGGCCGGGCUCUUUGGCUCUCUGUAGUCCUCCUGGCUCAGGGGAUGCAGUGGGUGGUGGACACACUCAGGGGCUUUCGGCGUCGGCGCGCUGUUUGGCGCACACCUGUCCUCGACUCAGCCCUGUGUCUGCCACUGCGAUUUUGGGCCAGAUCGCGGGCCCCUGGGCGUGAUCCAGGGGCAGCUGGACCGCUGCACGGCAGCUGGGCUGGCACCUGCGCCCUCUCGGCCGAACGCGGAGGCGGCCUGGCCGUCGGCGUGGUGCUGGUUGUGCGCGGGGCUGGGAAUCGGGAUCAUCGUCGGAGUUUUCCUCGGCGGCUACCUCGCACUGGCUGUCGUUGGGCGUGUG